AAUAGCCCUCAGAAAGGAGGUGGGGUCGUAAAUCUGACAAUAAAAAUACAUCUGCUUCAACCUGACUGACAAUUGCGAAGUUGUAUCCAGAUACAUUUUCAUUCUGCAUUUGGGGCUCGGUGGAUUUUAAAAUGUAUUUGGUUUGGACUGAUGUUUUCUCUCACCCGUUGUGGGCGGUAUCGACGGUGAUUUUGGGACUUGUCUUGCGAUCAAGGCAGAGAGGGUCGUGGGAUCCGCGCGCCUGUCUGGUGCAACUGAAGGGCAAGACAGCCAUAGUUACUGGAGCUAACACAGGGAUAGGGAAGUUCAUUGCCCUUGACUUUGCCCUGCGCGGGGCUCGUGUUAUCAUGGCGUGCCGGAGCGAGGCUCGCGGUAGCGUCGCCCUGCAUGAGAUCCGUAAGCGGAGUGGGAAUGCGGACGUGCACCUGCGUCUGGUGGACACCUCGUCCCUGGUGUCGGUGAGGGCGUUCGCAGAGGGCGUCCUGCGAGAGGAGAAGGAGCUCCACAUACUGGUCAACAACGCCGGGGCUUCAGGCUUGCCUAGAGAUAUCACCUCAGAUGGGCUAGAGGUGUCCUUCGCUACCAACCAUGUGGGCCCUUUCCUCCUCACCAACUUGCUUCUGGACCUGCUGAAGCAAUCAGCACCGGCACGCAUCGUCAACGUGUCAUCCAUGAACCACUGGAAGGGUAUGGUCGACUUCUCGCACUUCAAGGGCAAGAACCUGGGCUACACUAUGGACAGUGUGUACAACCACACCAAGCUGCACAACAUCAUCUGCACUAACGAGCUGGCUCGAAGGCUAGAGGGAACAGGGGUGACAGCUAACUCCGUCCACCCCGGGUUGGUGAUGACAGAAAUGAUGAGACACUAUAACUUCAUGGUUCGGUUCCUCUUCAACAUGAUCGGAAUCUUCUUCUUCAAGGAGGAGCCUGGUGAUUUGACAGGGGUGCCGGAGGAGUAUCACGAUCUGCGCACGGUGUUCAGUUGUUCCAGGGCCACUUCUCUUCCUCCGCACCGGUCGUAUGAUUGA